ACUUUGCAUGAGCGUGCAUUUCUAGCGAAAAACCCAAUCAAAUCCAAAAUACCAAAACCCAAUCGAAUCACAGCGAAGCUCGCAGUCGCCGGAGAUGGAGAGCGCGUCGGAGCUGGUGCCGUUUCCGCUGCUUCUCACGCCGAUCGAGUCCAAUUACAGAGCCUGCACCAUUCCCUACCGGUUCCCUUCCGAUCAUCCUCGCAGGCCCACCCCCAUUGAGCUCUCCUGGAUCGACCUCUUCUUCAAUGUCAUCCCUUCAUUCAAAAAGCGGGCAGCUAGUGAUCCCACAGUUCCAGAUGCUGAAGAGAAAGCUGAAAAAUUUGCUCAGAGGUAUGCUGAAAUACUUGAGGACUUCAUGAAAGACCCUGAGAGUCAUGGAGGGCCACCUGACUGCAUUCUUCUCUGUAGACUUCGGGAGCAAGUCCUUAGAGAAUUGGGAUUCAAAGAUAUAUUCAAGAGGGUGAAGGAUGAAGAGAAUGCAAAGGCUAUAACUUUAUUUGCUGAUGUAGUUCGUCUUAAUGAUGCCAUUGAAGAUGAUGGUAAACGUUUGGAGAAUCUGGUUAGAGGAAUAUUUGCAGGCAACAUUUUUGAUCUUGGUUCUGCUCAGCUAGCUGAAGUUUUCUCAAGGGAUGGUAUGUCUUUCUUGGCAAGUUGUCAAAAUCUUGUUCCUCGUCCUUGGGUGAUUGAUGAUUUGGACGUAUUCCAACUCAAAUGGAGUAAAAAAUCAUGGAAGAAGGUCAUAAUAUUUGUUGACAAUUCCGGUGCAGAUAUUAUUUUGGGCAUUUUGCCCUUUGCUAGAGAGUUACUCCGUCGUGGAACUCAGGUCGUCUUAGCAGCUAAUGACUUACCCUCUAUUAAUGAUGUAACUUAUCAUGAACUAAUUGAAAUUUUAGCUCAGCUAAAGGAUGACCGCGGACAGCUUGAGGGAGUUGAUACUUCCAACCUUUUAGUUGCCAAUUCUGGCAAUGAUUUGCCGGUUAUUGACCUUGGUCAAGUGUCCCAAGAGCUUAGCUACCUGUCAACUGAUGCAGAUCUAGUUAUCUUGGAAGGAAUGGGUCGUGGAAUAGAAACAAAUCUUUAUGCUCAGUUCAAGUGCGAUUCACUAAAGAUUGGCAUGGUCAAGCAUCCGGAGGUUGCACAAUUUCUCGGAGGAAGGCUCUACGACUGUGUCUUCAAGUACAAUGAAGUCUCUAGUUGAUAUUAUAUAUUUUUUUUAUAUCUCACCUCAAUUUUUUCUAUCAUUAAUUAUUUGUCUUCCAAGUACAAUUCGAGGACUCGUCUAGGCUUUUCCAUUCCAUAACUAUGAAGAAACAUGAGAGAUGUAUUCUUAUGUAUUAGAAAUUAGGAAAAGUAAAAUAAGGAACAUGGAGAAUUGUUUGCAUACUGCAGUAGUGAUUUCCUUUUCUUAUCUCUCUGCAUAUGAAUAUAUUUUUAUGUAUUAUGUACUUCAAA